AUGGGCUGCUGCUGCCGCCGGUGAGACGCGAUGGAGCCGGGCGCCAUGAGCGAGGCGGGCGGCAAGACUCCGGGGAUGGAGACCAGGAAGCUCAUCACCGCUACCGACAACCAAUAUUCUGGCAUGCUUUUGAAAGCGUUGGACGAGCAGCGAGGCCUCGGGCUUUUCUGCGACGUCACUGUGAUCGUGGAGGACCGCAAGUUUCGAGCCCACCGGAAUAUCCUUUCGGCUUCCAGCACUUAUUUCCACCAACUCUUUGCCGUGGCGGGACAAGUCGUUGAGCUGAACUUCAUCCGGGGGGAGGUUUUCGCGGAAAUCCUCAACUACAUCUACAGUUCCAAAAUCGUCCGGGUGCGAUCGGAUCUGCUCGAUGAACUGAUUAAAUCGGGGGAGUUGCUGGGGGUCAAAUUCCUCGCCGAGCUGGGCGUCCCGUUGCAACAGGUGAAGAGCAUGUCUUCGGAGGCCACACCCAGCGCUUCGGAGCUGCCCAUCCCGGAGGGCAAUGGGCCGAAAGCCCAGAAGCUCCCAGCCCCGUCUGAGCCCCAACCUGUAAAACUCGGGAAGCCGAUAAUUACGGAAUCUUUUUCCCUCUACCGGGAGUCGUGUGAUUCCGCUAAGAUCACCAUUAGUGAUUCCGAGGAUGAUGACGACGAUGUCAUUUUCUGCUCAGAGCUGGUCCCUUCUAAGGAACGUUCGGUGGAGACCAAAGUCAUAACCCAGAUCCCGCCUUGCCCAAAUGGGUCUUCUGAGGUAGCCAGCUCGUCCAACAGUCAUUCUCUCCCUCAACCGGUGACAACUGCGCCUCCACGACUGCUCGACUCAUCGACGGUUCUUCCAAAUCCGGCUGAAAACCAAAAGCUUCUCGACCCACUUCCUCCCCCGGCUCCAAAGACCACAACUCCAAAUGUCCUUGUGCUCAAUUCAGCUCGGGUUGAUGUCGCUCCAGGAGUUGGUCCGUCCCACGAAAUCGAGGUGUUGCCGAUUCCCGAGGAGAACCAGCAGCCAUCCACCAACGAUUCCUUAACUGACAUGGAAACCAAUGUCAUCGACGAGGAAGAAGAGGAAGAUGAAGAUGUGGAAGACGAUGAUGACAUUCUGGGUUUAUCCAGUCCCGGUUCAGCAAGCAGCAGUUCUCUGGUCCAGCAGCCCACCACUCCGAAACCUACCGUUGCGGCCGACAGCACAGCCGCCCAGAAGAAGCAAGUUGUGAACUUCCUGCCGGAACCCGUCUCCCAACCCAACGAAUUCAAGAUCCAGAUCUCCGAUGUUCUUUCCGGAGGCCUCAAGGACGCUCCCCCAAACGUUGCGCCGAAGCACGUCACCGAAGGGCAGAAGAUCAUCACCUUAGACAAAACAACGGAGAUAGAAAGCUUGUCCACCGGCUGCAAAGUUUACGCCAACAUCGGCGAAGACACCUACGACAUCGUCAUCCCGGUGAAAAACGAGGCUGACGGGGAAGUUCAGCUGGACAACGUGCCGCACAACUCGGGCAACGAUUCCGCCAACCGCAAGCGCUUGAAAGUCAAACACGACGACCACUACGAGCUGAUUAUGGACGGGAAGGUGUACUACAUCUGCAUUGUGUGCCGGAGAUCGUACGUCUGCCUGACCAGUUUACGGAGACACUUCAACGUUCAUUCCUGGGAGAAGAAAUACCCCUGUCGUUACUGCGAGAAGGUUUUCCCUCUGGCAGAGUACCGCACCAAGCACGAAAUCCACCACACCGGCGAGCGGCGGUACCAGUGCUUGGCUUGCGGCCAGUGUUUUAUCAAUUAUCAGGUGAUGGCCACUCAUCUUCGAUCGGUUCACAGCCAAGAUCCUACCGGGGAAUCAAAGCUGUACCGUUUGCAUCCGUGUCGGUCUUUGCAGAUCAGAAAUUACGCCUACAUUUCGGGGAGUUCCAACAAUAUCCCGGUCGCCAAUGACAAUGCCCUGGUUUAUGCUGGCAGUCCUCCAAAAGAGACCCCUCAGGAACCGGUCCCGAACCAACCUGUGAAGCCAAUGACUUGGGACGACAUCUUCGUCCAACAAGGAAACGAAACCCUCUUUAAACAAAACCCAUCGGACGGCACCUCCGAAUUUGAGUUCGUGAUACCAGAAUCUUACUGAAGGUGUUGCGAAAAAUGUGUGUGUGUGUGGGGGGGGAAAUGUUUUGUUUCGUUAUCAAAAGUGGGAGGAAAGUUUUUGUGGUUGUUGGUUGUUUUAAAAGAAAAAAAACAAAACACCAGAGCUCUUUCUCAACGGGCCCCUUGGAAGCUUCGAGAGAGCUUUCUCCCAUUACGAAACACGUCCGCGUGCUUCUUCUUCGACCUUUAGCCUACGGUAGUGUUUUAAAAUUAGUUAAUAUGUGUAACUUUUGAACUUGUGAACAACAACAAAAAAUUGGUCAGGAAAUAAAACGAUACUUGAAUACAGGUGUAAAGACGCUUAGGAAGUUAGGCGCUUCGGCGUUUAUUCGUAUGGAUCGAAAUCUAAAAAGUUUCCCAUUCGGAGACUCCCCUCCCCCCCUGCUCCCCGGGUUAGGUGUAGAAUAACAGGAAUAUAUAUCUUUCUUGAACCACUUACUUCUAUUUUCAUGUUAGCACUUUAAUGCUGAAAAGGGUUUCAUUGUGACCACAAAACAGGCACCCAGCUAGGUUUUCUUACUGAUGUUGUGGGGGGAGGGUGUCCCUGGAUGGGUGGGUGGGGAAAUAUUUUUUUUUAUUUUUUAAAAUAGAAAUCAGUGCGUUCUUGCAAUGGAACUUUAUAAGGGUCCAAAUCAUGCUUGUUCUCACGAAACCAAGCUUAACGGCGAAAGAGGCCUAGCCAUUUUUUUUGGUUGGCUUUGAAAUACAGUAUUUUUCGAACUGGACCAUAUGACGCACACAUAGCUUUCGAGGCAGAAAACGAGAAAAUAAAAAUCUGCCUCCAAGCAUCCAUCCGGUAUUCAUCCAGUUAGCGUCCUUGCAGCAAACAGCCUGGUCAGCUUCAGCACGUUAUCGCAGUCCCCAGCAUGUGGCUUGUCAGGGUUCCUUCCGCUCAGUUGUGUCCAUCACCGUCAAUGGAGCUGAGCUGCUGCUGCUGCUGCCGGAAACACAAGGGCCUUUGCUGCCAAGCAGCUGAUUGGCGGCUGGAUCAGCCUCCUGGUUUUUCUAGGAGGCGGGGAUCGCUGCCAAUCAGCGGCGGCAAUCCCCAUCACCAAGAACAGCUGAUCGGGGGUAUUCCAGGAAGCUGAUCCAAUCGCCGAUCAGCUGCUCGGCAGCAAAGGUUCCAGUGUUCCGUGGCGGUGAAUGGUGGCAGCAGUGGUAGGUGGUGGCAAAUGCUGCCACCACACCAACCGCUGUCCCUCUGUCUCAAUAUUCGUUCUAUAAGACGCACAGACAUUUCCACCCACUUGGGGAGGGGAGAGAUGCGUCUUAUAGUGUGAAAAACACGGUAAGCAAUUGUAUAUUGUUGGUAAUGCAUGUGGGCCCUCCUUAAAAGAGAAUGGAGACACUUUCUCUAAACGUUAACACUUGUUCUUAUUACCCCAGUGAUUAAGCUUAACUCAGUGGCUGUGCCAUUGUAUUUCACUUUUUUUUUUUUUUUGGACUGGGUAGGGUAGAUGGAAGAAAUUAUAAGAUCUGGACCUUUUUCUACAGGAUAAGCAGGUUAACCAUUUACAGUGAAUCGUUUUUUGUUUUUUUAACCCCUCGUCGUAUUCCCUGGGAGGAAAAACAAAAUUAGAAAUCUAAUUUUGUAGAUUUUUUUUUGCCCUGAACAGUGCAGAAGCUUCCUACCAAAGCAGCCUUGGCAAAUGAUGUUGUAUUUUCCCCCCCUCUCUGCAACUG